UCUGUUGAAGAGAGAAAAUAAAAAUCAGAGAACAAAAAGGGAAAGAGUCUUUUCUGCACAAAACGGAUCUCUCUCCAACGUCUUCGUCUUCCUCUGGUCUGAGUCGUGUGGUUUUAGCCCCGAUACUCAUCAGAUCUGCUUAAGAUUCUCGAUUUUUCUUAUACGAAGACGACGAUUGGUUGAUUAACUCAUAUAUGUAUAUGUGCUUUUAUACUCCUUAGACGCAGAGCGAGAUACGAGAUCUAAGAGCUGAGGAAGCUUUGACGGUGGCUGAAGUUUCGUCUUCGUUCUAUGCCAAUGCGUGUUUCUGAAGAAUGAAGAAUCUGAAGAGUUCGUUGUGCUUCUGCAUUUGAGUAAAGACAACGGAGAAGGUUGUGUUGAGUUUGUUAGUAUAUGUAGGCAAGAGAAAUGGUUUUUGGUAGGAUCACUGAACUUUUUACAGCUGCGUCAAGUCGAUUACCAGCGGGUUCACAAUCAUCUGUUCCAUAUAUGCCUACUGGAUCAUCACCGGAUGUAGGAACCUCAGUUUCGGAUUCAAUAAGUAUUGGGAAUGGUGGACGGAAGAAUUGUUUGAGACACUCAGCGUCUCUCCAAGAUUUUUCUUCGUACCAUGGGUUUGAUCCUGAAGAAUCCAUUCUUCCUCGGGAAGCUAUAUCAUGGGGACAAAAUGGAUCAAGUUUUUCCAAGGAAAAGGGGAGUGUCCCUAAUGGGACCAAUCCAUCUACACGCCGUAAAUUGAUACGCGCGGUUAUGAUUGUUAUGUGCCUGUUUCUGUUUGCUUUUCUGGUGUAUAUAGUCUCCAUGUAUAUUUAUACAAACUGGUCACGGGGAGCAUCAAGAUAUUAUGUUGUGUUUGACUGUGGAAGUACUGGGACUCGUGCAUAUGUUUAUCAGGCUUCCAUAAACUACAAGAAAGAUAGUAGUCUCCCCAUUGUUAUGAAAUCUUUGACAGAAGGUAUUUCUAGAAAGAGUAGGGGUCGUGCUUAUGAUCGGAUGGAGACAGAGCCUGGGUUUGAUAAGCUCGUCAAUAACAGAACAGGCCUGAAAACUGCAAUUAAACCCCUUAUUCAGUGGGCAGAGAAGCAAAUCCCAAAGAAUGCUCAUAGAACCACAUCUCUCUUUGUUUACGCAACAGCAGGCGUCCGGAGGCUUCGUCCUGCUGAUUCAAGCUGGAUUUUAGGUAAUGUGUGGUCUAUACUAGCGAAGUCUCCCUUCACUUGCCGGAGGGAGUGGGUUAAGAUCAUCAGUGGUACUGAGGAAGCUUAUUUUGGAUGGACCGCCCUUAAUUACCAAACAAGUAUGUUGGGAGCCCUACCAAAGAAGGCAACAUUUGGUGCACUUGACUUAGGUGGCUCAUCAUUGCAGGUAACCUUUGAGAAUGAGGAGCGGACGCAUAAUGAGACCAACCUAAAUCUCAGAAUUGGGUCUGUUAACCAUCAUCUUAGUGCAUAUUCUCUUGCCGGAUAUGGUCUUAAUGAUGCGUUUGAUAGGUCUGUUGUUCAUCUUUUAAAGAAGCUACCAAAUGUCAACAAAUCUGAUUUGAUUGAAGGAAAAUUGGAAAUGAAACACCCGUGCUUAAAUUCUGGAUACAAUGGACAGUACAUAUGUUCUCAGUGUGCUUCCAGUGUCCAAGGAGGUAAAAAAGGAAAGUCAGGAGUUUCUAUCAAGCUCGUUGGUGCUCCAAACUGGGGAGAGUGCAGCGCACUUGCAAAAAAUGCUGUAAAUAGCUCUGAAUGGUCAAACGCAAAACAUGGAGUUGAUUGUGAUUUGCAGCCUUGUGCUCUUCCUGAUGGUUACCCUCGUCCUCAUGGUCAGUUCUAUGCUGUAUCCGGAUUCUUCGUGGUGUACCGUUUUUUCAACUUAAGUGCUGAAGCAUCCCUUGAUGAUGUAUUGGAAAAGGGUAGGGAAUUUUGUGACAAGGCUUGGCAAGUAGCCAGAACCAGUGUUUCUCCACAACCCUUCAUUGAACAGUACUGCUUUAGAGCGCCAUACAUAGUCUCCCUGUUACGAGAAGGUUUAUAUAUUACAGAUAAGCAAAUCAUAAUUGGGUCUGGGAGUAUAACUUGGACACUUGGAGUAGCUCUUCUGGAAUCGGGGAAGGCUCUAUCUUCUACAUUGGGACUGAAGAGCUAUGAGACUCUGAGCAUGAAGAUAAACCCAAUUGCCCUUAUAUCUAUCUUGAUCUUGUCACUGCUUCUGCUUCUCUGUGCACUAUCACGUGUCAGCAAUUGUUUGCCAAGAUUCUUUAGAAAGUCAUAUCUCCCACUUUUUAGACACAAUAGCACCUCAGCUUCGUCUGUUCUUAACAUCCCGUCUCCCUUCAGAUUCCAGCGAUGGAGUCCUAUGAGUACAGGGGUAAAGACACCAUUGAGUCCAACAGUUCGGGGAUCACCGCGUAGGCCAUUUAGUUUUGGAAGCAGCAUCCAGCUCAUGGAAUCUUCAUUGUACUCAUCGAGUAGCUGCGUUAUGCAUAGUUGUUCUUCUGAUAGCUUAGGGGAUAUACAAUAUGACAGUACUGGUUCCUUCUGGUCCUCCCCUCGCAGGAGUCAAAUGCGUCUCCAAAGCCGAAGAUCGCAAUCUCGAGAAGAUCUUAGUUCAUCGCUCGCUGAUUCACACAUGCUCAAAAUGUAGGAGAAAUUUUUGGUACGGCUUUUGUCACUUCCACACCAGCCUAAUUUUUUCUAUUUUCCGGUUAUGAGAAUCACAAUAUAGAAAGGAAAAAAAUGGGAAAACUUCAUGAGCAAAAAUUUCCUUGUUUCAGUUGACAUGUAAUUCUUUCUAUAUACCAUAUACUUAUAUAUGAUUACUAAUUUAACCUCAGUUCAACUACCAAUCACUCUCUUCCUCUUUACCCUUUUUGUGUAUUUCUCCAAAUUCUUUCUUUUACAGAGCUGGUCCAAGUUCUCUUUUCAUCUCCAAGUGUCUUGGGUUUGAGAGAGAAGAAUCGAUUCCCAGAUUGAAAAUAAAACCUGUAUGUGCUCAUUUUCUGCUCCUUGCUUCUUAAUUCUUAUCAUCAUACUUAAAAGGAAGAAA